AUGCCGACCGCAGUUAAAGCGCCUGUGGUGUGGAUAAACGGCUUCCCAGGCACUGGCAAGAAAACAAUCGCCGACGCUAUGAAGCAACUCGAUCCCAACAUCCUAGUGUUAGACAACCACAAGUUGAUCGACCCUGCAGCAGCCUUCUCCAGAGAGCACCCAGAAUACAACACACAACGACAAAAAUAUCGACAGGAAUUUCUGCAGAAAUACGUACUUCAUCACUCCAGUCACGACCACCUCGUCGUCUUUACAGACUUCCAAUCGGAUAACGAGCUGGGUCAAAGUGUGGUACAAGAGUAUGCCAACGCCGCAAGUUAUGCAGGCCGCCCUUUUCUUCCCGUGUAUCUGACCUGUGGUCUCGAAGCAAACAUUAAACGGGUAGACAACGCGGAGAGGGUGGCGAGCGGGACUACGAAGUUACUCGAUCAGGAUCUAUUGCGAAAUCUGAGGGAGCGGUGUGAGCUGUUUAGGUUUCAGGGGUACCCGAGCUUGAUGAUUGAUUCAACGGACAAGACGGCUUUGGAAAAUGCCAAGAAGAUUCUUGAUACAGUGGAGGGAUGGCGAGAUGCAGAUUGAUCGUAAGUGACAACAACAGGGGAAUAUCAUACUUUGGCACGGCUAUGGAAGGCUUUCUCGACCCGAGAUAAUUGAUAUUAUGAAGGAAAAGACGUUUCGAUAUCGGACGUCAGUCCAGACUGGAUACUCUGAGGUAAUUCGGAAUGUGGUUGUCGAAGCUUGGGCUGAUAUGCAGACUCCCGCAUGGAGGAGGUCAACACCCGACGGAUGUACUGUAAGAGAGAUGACGAGGCCUCAAACAACUGAUGAGCCACAUAGUAUCCUGUAUAAUCAGUUAGUGAGUUAGUGCACGUUGGCAUCGGGUAACACGUUUCGCCCUCGGGAUGGGGAGGCUGGUAGCCCCCCGCGCAGAUGUUGAGC